AUGGAGAAACUUGUUCCUAGAGAAAUCGAAGUAGAUAUUCUAUCACGGUUACCGGCUGAAACUCUGAUACCUUCCAAACGAGUAUGCAGGACCUGGCGACGUCUCUUCCGUGACAAUCACUUUAUUGAUGUUCAUCUUCGUCGUCAAUCAAUAGGAUUUGAAGAAGAGAAUGAGCAUUCGUACUACCAUAAGAAGAGGGGUUCUUCUCGUUCCAGUGACAGUGAAGAUGCCGAUACUACGGAGCCAAUAAUACAUCGUCGUUUGAGUUACGUUAAAGAUGCCAAUUCAUCAUCUAAGGUGACUUCUUUCCUUAUUUUGGGAGGUUCUUAUGUUCAAGCUCAGAACAAAUCAUUCUAUUAUGGUAUUUAUUCUGAUGAGAAGCAGCACUUCACUUAUAAGAAACUUAAAGCCACGAGGAACGACAACCAUCUAUUUACACCGAAUUCGGAAUAUUCUGUUGUUGGUUCAUGCAAUGGACUCAUUUGUUUCUCCGCAUCUUAUUUUUCAGAGUUAUUUAUCAACAAGGAUCCUGUUUAUGCAUGUAAUCCAAUCACAGGAGAAGAGUUCAAUCUUCCAAGGUUCAUGGUUAAUUAUCAAUCACAAGAAGCUCUUGCUAUGGUUAAUAUUGCAUCUGGAUUUGGUUAUGUUCCUUUAACUAAUCAAUACAAGGUUGUUAGAAUUUGUUACUACGGCAGGGAGGCCUUGCUGGUCCAGGUAUAUACUCUUGGUGGUAGUGGCAGCGAUGAGGGGUGGAGAACGUUUAGAGGAGAUUUCGACUGUUUAAUGCCUACUGAUUUGACUGCAUCACCGGGUGUCUAUGCAAAUGGGGCUCUUUAUUGGCUGAAUUCCGAGAAAGAUUCGAAUAUCGUGGCUUUCGAUUUGGCAAAAGAGGAGUUUCACAUCAUCCAACCACCAUCAGAAUUCUCUGUAGGUAAGCGUCAUUCCUAUCGACUUCAGGUGUUAGGCGGGUGUUUGUGCUUUGUUCAUCAAAGGAGAGGUAGAUAUGUGAACAUAUGGUCAUUGGAGAAAAGAAGCAGCAACAACAACAACCGUGAUAAUAGUAGCUCCCAAAUAAAUGGGUUUUGGAAUUGGACAAGGGAGUUCAAAAUAGUAUGGGAUGCCAAGUGGGUUAGUGAAUACGAGCCGUUUGCGCUCACAGAGAGGGGUCAUGUACUAUUCUGGUUCAAUCGAACUAUUCUGUCUCUCUAUGACGCUAAAGCUAAAAGUGUUACAAAACUAAUGGAUGGUGGUGAUUUGGGUUUCAAAAAUUUGCAAGCAGUUCCUCACAUCAACAGCUUUGUUUCAUUGAAAGCUUUAGGAAUGUAA